AUGUUACAAUACGCCCAUAUAUACGCCUGCGUAUUAGUGCUACUACUUGGUAACGCUGUGGCCGAAUACAAAUACGAAACAAAGUUGUUUAAUGUGCCAUUGGAUCAUUUUGGUUAUCAGCGCAAUGAAACUUUUAAUAUUAAAUAUCUUGUGAACGAAGAUCACUGGGACAGAGGAGAUGGACCGAUCUUUUUCUACACCGGUAAUGAGGGUCAAAUCGAGCUGUUCGCAAAGCACACGGGCUUCAUGUGGGAUAUAGCUGAGGAGUUUCGAGCUAAAAUCGUCUUCGCCGAACACAGGUACUACGGUGCGUCCAUGCCAUUCGGAAACAAAUCCCUCGACAAUGACCACAUCGGCUACCUGACUGCGGCACAAGCCCUCGCUGAUUACGCGGAACUAGUCAACUUCCUUCAAGACAAUAGUUUGAAACCAAGAUACCCAGUUAUUGCUUUUGGCGGUUCUUACGGCGGGAUGCUUGCGGCCUACUUCCGGAUGAAGUAUCCGCACCUGGUUGCCGGGGCCAUUGCCGCCUCAGCGCCCGUCCACAUGUUCCCUGGCAUGCUGCCUUGUAAUGUCUACCACAGAAUCGUGACGUCCAGCUUUGUGGUAGCCAACAUCACUUGCAAGGAAAACAUAAGACAAUCUUGGAGCGUCAUUAGAAACUUCGUUACAACCAAAAACAACACUGAUUGGCUGCGGACACAGUGGAAGUUAUGUGAUCCGAUCAAAAACGCGACCGACGUUCAAACUCUGAUAGAUUUUCUGCAGUCAAUGUACGAGACCCUGGCCAUGGUGAACUACCCAUUUGCUACGGACUUCCUGCUGCCAUUGCCGGCCUACCCUGUGCGGACCGUGUGCCAGUAUUUGAACCAGAAACUGACUGGCCAGAAGCUUUUAGUGGCUAUUGGAAAUGUGCUGGAAAUGUUUACAAAUUACACUGGUAAAAGUCCAUGUGUCGACUACAAAAAAGGCAACGACUAUGGCAACCUUGAUGCGAGUGGCUGGGAUUACCAGGCCUGUACUGAAAUGGUAAUGCCGAUGUGCACGACCGGUGAGAGCGACAUGUUCGAGCCGAGCCCCUGGAACAUCACCAAGGUCUCGGAGGACUGCCACAAGAAGUACAACGUGUACCCACGACCGGAUGCCGCGAGACUAGAGUACGGCGGCGACCGGCUGUUUGCAGCUUCUAAUAUCGUAUUCAGCAACGGUCUCCUGGACCCUUGGGCUGGAGGCGGCCUUCUAAGCAGUAUCAGUGACACAGUGAAGGCGGUUGUAAUGAUCGAUACUGCGCAUCACCUCGACCUGAUGCCCGAAAACCCUAACGAUCCAGAGUCUGUAAAAAUUGCGCGCCGUGAACACAAAAGAAACAUACGGCAGUGGAUACGGGAAUUCCAGCAACAAAGAGAAAAUGAAAAGAAACUUUAA